CAAUAAGGACCAGACGUUUUUCUUCUUCUUCUCAAUGGAGGAGGAAGUGACUUACUGUCUUUAGGGGGCACGGGGGAGCUUGACGUUCCACUCCUUCCCAUCGGGCUGGAAUGUUUGGGCCCGCGCCCGGGAAUCUUCAGCCCGCUGGACUUGAGCAUGUUCAUGGUUUAAAAAGACGGGGGUGAAGGCACUAAACCAGGAGGGGGUGACCGUCUCUCUCCAUGUUUUACAGCUACAAACACAGGAAAAGUUAUGACACAGGGAGAGAAAAAGGAGUUAAGACCAAAAAAAAGCUAAGUUCAACAGACGCCAAGAACUAACAGAGGCGAUGACCUGGAUGGCGGCCAGCAUCUGAUGAGGAUGAGGAUGCUACGCCUCAACACACACACACACACAUACACACACACACACACACACACACACACAUCCAUUGUACUGCCUUUCAAGUCCACCUGCUUUCGAAAAUGCAUUAAAAGUCUUUAAAAAUGACUUUAAGUGUCAGGUUGUAAGGCCGCAAACAUGUUCAAGUGGAGAGAAAAAGUCUGAUUUUUCUAUUGGAAAAAGGAGCAGAAACAGCAAAUACUGAUUUCUUCACUCAGGUUGGAAGAGUGUUCGGUUGCCAUGGCCUCUGCUGCUCUGGAGCUUAUAGGCUUCUUCCUGGGCAUGCUGGGCCUACUGGGCAGCCUGGUGUCCACGGUGCUCCCCUUCUGGGAGAAUACAGCGCACAUCGGCUCCAACAUUGUGACGGCCUCGGGCAGUAUGAAGGGCCUGUGGAUGGAAUGCGUCCACCAGAGCACUGGGGCCUUAUACUGCGAAACGUAUAACUCCAUCCUGGCUCUGUCCUCUGACCUCCAGGCGUCCCGGGCCCUCAUGGUGAUCUCCCUAGUGCUGUCCACCCUGGGCCUGGUCAUCGCCGUCCUGGGUAUGCAGUGCACCGUCUGCCUGGAGGGCUCCGGGGAGCUCAAGAAACGGGUGGCGGGCGUGGGCGGGUGCUUCUUCCUCUCGGCUGGCUUCAUGACGCUGGUGCCUGUCUCCUGGACCACCAACAAGGUCAUCCAGAACUUCUACAGUCCCACCGUGCCCGCCACUCUCAAGUUCGAAUUAGGUGACUGUCUCUACUUGGGUAUGGUCUCGGCCUUGCUCUCCAUGGUUGGGGGCGGAAUGCUGGCCGUGUCCCUCUGCGAGGGGAAGGAGGGUGAAGGAAACCGGAGGAGACGGUAUGGGGGUGGAGGCUACCCGUACCCAGUUGGCAGUGGUGGUGUGCCGGUGGUACGAAACCCCACCACCCUGCAAAUGGGAGGAAUCAGCGCGAACAGUCGAGGGCAGACGCUGAUUCGAAGCGGCAGCGGGAGCUCCGGGGGAGUUCAUGUGAAACCUGUAGCAGCAGGCUAUGAUGUCACAGGAUAUGUGUGAUGUCACCCUAUAUGUUAUUACAGACUUUUAUUAAUAUUCCAGACUGACCAUGGUUUUGUUUUAUUUUACAUAAAUUGUGCCCUAUUUGAAGAGUGUUCAGAGGUACUUAUGAGAGAACUGUGGCUGAAAUGCUAAUGCUAUGCUACUAACUUGGGGGCUAGUUAAUAUCUGUGGAUAAAGCUAUGCCGUCAUAUGUAUAGAAACAAAAUGCUGAUGUUAUCCUACCAAUGUGAGGCCUACUUUCAUACUUUCAUCCUAAGCUAAGGUUUAGUUAUUUUUCCGUGGUCUCGGAUAAAGCUACACCCAAGUACAUAUGUAACCCAAAAAUAAAACCGCAAAAAAUAAAUGAAACCAAAAUGCUAACGUUAUGUCGUUCAUGUGAGGGCUAGAUCGGAUCCGAGGCUCUGGAUAAAGCUAUGUAGUCGACCCAAAAAGCUAAUGCUAUGCUACUUAUGUGAGGCCUAGUUAUCUCCCUGACCUAACCUACAAAUCGAUAAAGUAUACAUGCUAAAGUCCAUUAAAGAGCAGCAACUGACCUACAAACAGAAAGUGGACAAGAACAAACUUAAAACACACAAAACCUAAAGGAUCAAUACUGGAUGUGUAAUGACUCAACUGGACUAACAUAAUGACCCAUACUCACAAAGAUUGUCUUCUU